AAUUAUUCCUAUCUGAAAACCCAAACGAAGAACAGUCGGGUUCGAGUUCAUUUCAGUUGUUUGUUUUUCGAGAGGUGAACUGUGCAAUAUGUAUCGUGGAGCAUGCUUGGUUUUAGCUUUCGGAAUAUUUUUUGCCCUUGCGCAAAACGCACACGGCCUGCAGUGUUGGAAAUGUUCCUCUGCGUAUGACGUCACCUGCAGGGACUACUUCAAUAUAACUAGGAUCGAGAUAAACAGGAGGUACUUUGACACAGCCAACUACGGUAACAGACAGGUGCAUCCUGUAAGGACCGACCCACACGUAGAGAUCUGCGAUGACAUGCACACCUCCAGCUACAACCAGAAGAACGUAUGCCUGAAGACCGUCUACAAGGGUGCCCAUGGAAUUCCUGAAGUGACCAGGGGAUGCAGGAUGGUUCAGAAGACCUUGAAAUCCGGGGAGUGUCCUGAGGAGCUCAAGGACAAAAACAAAGAAUUCGAGUUCUGUGGAACCUGCGAGUCCGACCAAUGCAACGCCGCUGGUAUGAUCAAGACUAACCUCUUCCUUGCCGCAACAGUGCCGGUUGUACUUGCGGUUUUCGUACGGAAAUAAUUUUGUUGAACUCUUGUGGCGAGUGAUCUGUUAGUUUAUACGAAAACGGGUACGACAAAGUCAAAAUGGUUGAAUUGGAUAAAGAGUAGAAAAUUUCCAACGUUGUUCAAAAUAUUUUUGAUAUUAGAAAUGCGUAAAAAUACUAAAAUAAAUUAGUACGGCUCUGGAAGAAGAGGGUAUUUUAUCUUGUAAUAUCCCGUCGUUAAAAAAGUUAUUAUAAAAUUGUUAAAAAAUUAUUCAUAAUUCAAUCAGCUUAACGUCAAUUAGCAUUGUUAAGGGCUCUACAUUAAAUCUCCCGAAUUGGAUUUUUAAAGCUUUAAUUUAGCCAAGCCAUAGGCGUCGUUAUGAAACAAGCUGAAGGGGUUUAUUUCUGAGCAGAACAUUCAUAUAUUUAUAUUUUUAACCUAUUUUUUAUUAGUAGUUCUACAUCGGUUAAGAUUUUGUAAACCUAUUUUUAAAUAUUUUGUAAGAAUCUUUACCCUAUUUAAAAGCUUAUAGCUACACCUAUGGACAAACAAUUUUUAGUUAAUAUAUUUUUCACAUAAACGGAAUGAAUUUGAACAUCGUUAACAAUUUUAUUAUAACGACAAUAUUAUUUUUUCAUCCAACUUCACAAUCCUCUAUAAUACACACUUUUUUGUAUCUUUUCUGUACAUAUUCCCAAACUGAACAAAUGUAGAUAUAUACGUCGUUUUUAUUUAACUUAUUUCGUUUAGUUUCUAUGUUGUAAUAAAUGUUAAUAAACCUUGAAUAAUA